CUUGUAAAUACGGAGUCAACCAGGGCGGCUAUAAGCAGAGCAUCAUGCAGUGCAAUUCUUAUUUAUAAUGGCUCAUAAAAAUUAAAAAAUAAUAAUAAAAAAGAAUCAUAUACAAUCUAAUAGGAACCGAUACUUUCUCCCCACUCCAAGUAAUGCAUAGUUGGCACCUUUGAGGCAAUUGACUCCAACCUGGCUUUUGUAUAUAACCAUAAUUCCAGGCAACUUGUUGCAGCUCACUCUGUAGCAGACAAAAAAGACUUGACAUCGUUGCCCACUUGGUCUUUCCUUGCUUACCUCCUUUCUUGCUUAAAAUUCAUAGAACCAACAUCGCUAGAUAAUCUAAACGAAGCAGCAAAAAUGGAAGGAAGUGCUUGCAAUUGCAGAUCAGUGGGAAAAGAAGGUGGGGAUGAAUUCACCAACAUCACUCUGCGGCCAUUGGGUGUUUCUGACAUAGACCACUUCAUGGUGUGGGCUUCAGAUGAUAAAGUUACACGCUUUUGCACAUGGGAACCCUAUACCAGCAAAGAAGAUGGCAUUAGCUUUAUCAAGGAUACGGCUACACACCCAUGGUUCAGAGCAAUUUGCCUUGACAACCGCCCAAUUGGUGCCAUUUCAGUGACUGCAAAUUCAGGAAACGACAAGUGCAGGGGUGAACUCGGCUAUGUUCUGGGUUUCAAGUACUGGGGCAAAGGGAUUGCCACGCGGGCAGUGAAAAUGGUGGCUGAUGCUAUAUUUGAGGAGUGGCCACAUUUGGAGAGACUUGAAGCUCUGGUUGAUGUGGAAAAUGUGGGCUCCCAGAAGGUGCUGGAGAAGGCUGGGUUCCGGCGGGAAGGGGUUCUGAGGAAGUAUAUUACUUUGAAGGGGAAAACGAGAGACAUGGUUAUGUUCUGUCUUCUUUCCACCGAUCCCCGAACCUGAACACUAUCUGUUCACAAUCAAUUGUAGAUAUUGUUUUCUUAAUAUGUGUAUCUCAAGAGUAACAAUUAGCAGCAGACAUUGCUGCUAAACUGUCUGCUGCUAAACAUUUAGUCGGAAUUCUUUCUUGUCACCUACAACUUCUUUGAUAUUGCAAGGAGAUAUUCUGUUAAGAAAAUGCUAUUCCUAGUUC